CUGAAUAUGAUGCGUCGUUUUUCGCUCCUUAUCGCGUUCUUGUUCUGCAUCGACCACGUUGCAUGGUUGGAGGCCAUCGGUAACCACAAUUGGUCAUCUUUAUUCAACAAUAAUCCGUCGGAGAACUGGGUUGUCCUUGCCGCUGGUUCCAACACCUGGGAAAAUUAUCGACACCAAGCUGACGUUUAUCACGCGUACCAGAUCGUACGUCAAAACAACGUUCCAGCGCAGAAUAUAAUUACGCUCGCCUACGACGAUAUUGCAAACAAUCCCAGAAAUCCUUUCAAAGGCAAGGUUUUCCAUGACUACGACCACGAAGAUGUAUACAAUGGUGUGAUUAUUGACUACCGAGGAAAUGAUGUCACACGGGAUAACUUCGUGAACGUAUUAAAAGGCGAUAAGAAACUUGAAGCCAACAGAAAGAAGGUGCUGAAAAGCGGUCCAAAUGACAACGUGUUCAUCUUCUACUCUGGCCAUGGUGGGACUUCCUAUAUAAACUUCCUAAAAGAAUAUCUCUUGGCCAUGGAGUUGAACGAUACCCUCGCCUACAUGCAUUCAAAUAAAAUGUUCAAGAAAUUGGUGCUGUACGUGGAGGCUUGUCAUUCCGGCUCUAUGUUUAAAGAUGUUCUUCCUUCACAUAUGGGAAUCUACACGACAACAUCAACCAAGGAAGAUGAACCAUCCCAUUCUUUGUUUUGUUCGGACAAGGAUAUCGAUGUUUGUCUAGCGGACGAAUACUCGUAUGCCUGGGUUAUAGAUUCGGAAUUCCAUGAAGAGGAUUUAUGGCAAUUCAGCCAUCGCCGUUGUGCGGUGGCCCCAAAACAAUCAAACCGUUUGUUGUAUGUCCGAAAUUUCUCACUUUCCUUCCAACCAGGUUCGCCUGUGCUCUCGCAGAGGGAUAUUAAAGAGACCAGCAAACGUCUGGGUGCUAUCGGCGAAGACAUAAAAAAGCGUACACUGGACGAACAAUACACGUAUGUAAAAAAGCAUACAGCGUUUAGUCACGUGAUGAAAUACGGUGAAAUGGCGAUGGGAAGUCUCCCAGUUGGAAAAUUCCAAGGUCAUUAUGAUCUACUGAUGCACCGGAACGAUGGGGCGAUAGAACCGAUUGCUGUAGAUAGAAGGCCCUCUGGCCAGGGGCAUUUGUUUUCCAAGUCUCGACGCUUGAUGGAUGCCGCAACCGAGGAAGAACAUGAAACCGCUUGGCGAAAGCUGCAGCGGGUACUUCAGCGUGUUGCUGUUGUAUCGGAAUCACCAACUGGUCGAUGUUCAGGCGCGGUACGGUACGGGGCCGACUCCAAGCCACAGGUAUCUCGUCCGGAAUCAUUAUGCAGUUACUCGAAAGAAGUUUUGGAUACAACGGAUGCGCAGUACCGGGGAAACCGAUUAUCAGAUGAUAAAGAAUAG